AUGACUCCUUUUUUGAAGAAUCUGAAAUUAGACGAGACUGAGUGGCCGUCAUGUGAUCGUACUCCGCCAUGUACUCCUAAAACACCCUGCUCUCCUCUCGAGCUUAAAAACACUAAUUUCUGCUUUCGGAAAGGUGCUGAUAUUCCGGUCAUCUAUCAACCGGAAGGUCACCCACGACAAGCCGUGAUUGACGGGGAGAUCUGGCCGCCGAUCUUCAAACCACAGCAUGUUCGGUCGGCUAAGAUGAUGCAAGUGGAGGACGACGAUGUUUUCAUCGCAACCUAUCCGAAAUGUGGUACCACCUGGCUUCAACACAUCUGCCAUCAGCUACUUCGUGGCGAAAACUAUAAAGCUGAAGAAGGAAAUGAACUGUGUGUCCAAAGCCCAAUGAUUGAACGCAUGGGCGCAGAGUUUCUUUCCACCGUCACUCAUCCUCGGAUCCUGAAAACUCAUUUCUCGGUCCUGAACGUUCCGAAAAGCACUAAGGCAAAAUACAUCUACUGCGUGAGGAAUCCAAAGGACUGUUGCACGAGUUAUUUUCAUCACAAUCGCAACUUCAAAAUCUACAAUUUUGCGGACGGUGAAUGGGAUACGUUCGUGGAUUUGUUCCUUUCGGGACAACUCGCUUUCGGUGACUACUUCGAUCAUUUGCUUGGUUGGCUCCCACUGAUCAAUGAACCAAACGUGCUAUUCAUCAUGUACGAAGACAUGGUGAAAGACUUGGAAGGAAGCAUUCACAAGAUAGGCAUGUUCCUCGGUGGUGAGGCAGAAAAGCUGGUGCAGGACCCGGUAAGACUGGAAGCGACUGUUCAAAAUAGCCAUAUUGAAGCAAUGAAAAAGGAUCAGCAACGUUGGUUCCCUGAAGCACAAUUGUAA